AUGAUCGGCGAGGAGAAGUCCAUGCUAGAAAACGCCCAGAUCGAACGAAUCACGUUGCAACAAAUGUUCGAGGAGUCGAGCGGAGAGACUCUUCGCGCCAUGGAGAAAUUGAUGCGGACAAUGGGCGCCGAUACCCUUGCCUGGUAUCAACAGUGUACGGGAAAUCAGGUCCGUGCUCUUCUCCGCGAAGAGAACAUCGACAAGCUCCUUGAACCGUUCCCGAGCAAUCCAAAAAAAAAAAAUUGUCCUUCCUGAUGAGCAGCGCAAACAAUGAAGUCAAGGACGACACGCAAAUUGACGAAAUCGGCAAGGCCAUCAGAUCCCUUGUGAUCAACAUUCGGGAGGUUCAUCCGGAGGCUGGAGUGAUCCCCAAGCUUCACAUCAUCGCUGCUCAUUUGGAGGUCUACUUGCGAGAGAACCGAAGCUGGGGACGGUUGACGGAGCAAGGAAUCGAAGCCCUUCACGCCAUCUUCAACGAGUUGAUGCGCCGAUUCGCGAGUGUCAACGACGUGAAGCAGAGAAUCUGUCUUGUUCUCGAGAACAUGGGCCAUUUCAAUUUUCUCUUCGACGUCGGCGACCUAUGUUGAAUCUCUUCAUCCACUUUUCUUCAUGUUCUUUUUCAAUUAUCGAUAAAUUCAACACGUUUUACAUCUUCAUCUUCUCAUCUUCUUGGAUAAUUCCGUGAAAAUACCUGGAAAACAUCUGACGGCGAAGUAAAAUGAGUCAGUCUCACUAACCGCUACUCUUUCUCUUUUCCUGCCCUGAAUUGCUGCAGCAAUCUUCCGCCGUUCGUCGAACUAUCUGUAAUUUUCACAUAAAGCGUCUCGAAAUUGAUAACGAAGCAGUUAACAUUUCAUAUUUUAUUUAUUUCUAAUCAUUAUCAUAAGUUUUGACACUGAUUGGUUCUGGAAGGAUGGGGAUAAUGCAAAAAAAGGAAAAAUUGAAAUGAGAAACUCUACAACGACGCUCCGGAAUAACGCGUACGCGCCUUGUUUAGCGCACGUGAAUUACGCCAAGGGAAUUUUUUAUUGGAAGGCUGGGGUUCCGUGUUCCGAAGAGAGCGAAGUGAAGGAGGGGUCGACAAGAAAGGCGGCGAAGCCAGCAUUCCGCAUUUACUCGGACAAAGAAGACGCUUUCCUGCUCCGUCGAUUACAAGAAGUGUCGGAAAAAGGCAAAAAGAUAAACAUCAUGUCCUUCUGCAGAAACCUAAAGUCGGAAGGUUUCAAUCGUGAGCCAGACUCGAUUAAAAGAAGGUACUAUACUUGAAGUGUGACUAAAUGUAAUGAUUUUCCAGACUGGCCGGCUAUCUCCGAGAUAAAAUUGAAAACAAUGGUUCUCUGGAUCUGGCUACGAAAUGCAGAAUGAUGUACUCGGCGUCGCUCCCGAUCUCGGACGAUUUGAGAGCGGAGCUCGAGGAGCACGGCACGUUGAAGCACGACGACGAGAAAAAAACGAUUCAGUCGUACAAUGGGCUCGGCCUGGAUCUGGUGGCGAACACGAAACGGCGCAAUGUGAACGACGACUCGUCGAUGGGUGAUGAGAAGAGAAGCCGCUAUUGCUGA